AUGGGAAAUCAUACGAGAGUGACAGUGUUUAUCCUAGCAGGUUUGACUGAUGACCCACAAUGGAAAGUGGUGUUAUUCAUCUUCCUGCUUCUCAUUUACAUUCUAAGCAUCACUGGCAACCUGAUCAUCAUCACACUCACCCUGCUGGAUAUUCACCUCAAGAGCCCCAUGUAUUUUUUCCUUCGGAACUUUUCCUUUUUAGAAAUUUCCUAUACUAGCACAUGCAUUCCUAAAUUUUUGCUUACUGUGGCAACAGGCGUCAUCAUGAAAAAUAAAAUCUGCACACAGCUUGUCCUCAGCUGUUGGCUGGCUGGUUUUUUUGUCAUCUUUCCACCAAUCAUCUUGGGCCAGGACCUUGACUUCUGUGCCUCCAAUAUUAUUGAGCAUUUCUACUGUGACACUACUCCUCUUAUGCAGAUCUCCUGCACAGACACACGGACUCUUGAGCUGAUGGGAUUCAUCUCUGCUUUGGUGACACUUUUGAUCACGUUGAUAAUGGUGAUAAUAUCAUAUACCUUUAUUGCCUUGACCAUUUUAAAAUUCCCUUCAACUAGUCAGAGGAAAAAAGCUUUUUCGACAUGUUCUUCGCACAUGAUUGUGAUAUCCCUUUCCUAUGGCAGCUGUAUUUUCAUGUAUGUUAACCCGUCAGUCAAACAAAAGGUAUCUUUUUCCAAGGGAAUUUCUGUGCUCAAUACUUCAGUCACGCCACUUUUGAACCCUUUCAUCUACACUUUACGGAACCAACAGGUGAAAAAAGGCUUCAUGGUUAUGGUCCACAGGCUUAUUUUUUUCUCAAAGAAAUAA